AUGGCGAGGACUCAAUUGGAGCCCAGCCACUGUUCGUCUCAUGUUGAACGGUUGAGAUGUAAGCAAACUCCUUCAACCACGUCUGACCCCAGGCAACUGUUUCAACAAGAUGGCGCUCAACGAAUCGGCGAUCUGCGACUUGAAAUCCAUCCCCGAAUCCAAAUCAAGAGAGAGCAUACCCAAAACGAACUGUGCUCCGUGAGCCAUCUGGGUUGGAAAACAAAGUCAAACCCUCAGUCGGCACUUGAUAGAUCAAACGGGUACCAGAUGCAUCGCUGCGCCACAAAACCCAAGGCGGGGAAAGACACCAUCAAACUGGGUUACUCCUCAGCAGGUACCAGAUCGUCUUUGUCCCAGAUUGUGAUUGUUUCACCAGGUAAUUCUGAAGAGUCUGCAGCUCAGUCACAGACAACAGGGGUGUUGGUGAGGAUCUCACCAACCAUCAUUUAA